CCACUACGGAAAGAUGCCUUUGUUGCUGUCAAGAAUCGUCCGAUCGUGAUCGAGAUGAUGAUCGGACGGCUAUUACUGGUCAUCCUCACGUGAGGUACAUGCAGUGACAGAAAACCUUCUUGUAGGCACCAUUGCUAAUUUGCUAUAGCCAUUAUAUUUUUCUCUGGACAGAGAUCUAUUCUAGCCGCAUCAUGAAUUAGUUGUUAAAUCUCCAGCCGAUGAAUGUCCCAAUUAAGUUGAGCUGUCUUUACGAUGUCCAUCGUCACCUAAAUCGCACUUGUCAGAUAAGAUCCCAACCCUUAAUAAGCCCCCCACACCACUUGCUUAAUUGCUGCUCCGUGAAGCAAAUUAAACCCCACCUGCUAAUCAACCAGCUCACCGUGAGCCCAUGCAUGGCAUGGCUGAUGGCACCCCGGCCGCCAUCUCUCUUCCACCUCACUCCUCGGCCUCCUUAUAACCCGGCCCUCGCCUCCUCCAUUGCACUACGCACCAAGAACUGAACCGGCGGCACAAGCUAGCUAGCUAGGUAGCAACAAUGCAGAUGCUGCUAAUACCCAUGGCGCCGCAAGUCGCAGCCUUCGCCGUUGCCGCCCUCCUCCUGUCCGCCGCACCGUUGGCGCACGGCCAGGCUGCGUCAGCGCCGGCCCCGGCUCCGGCGGCCCCGAAGACCAUCACGGCGGUGCUGACCAAGGCCGGGCAGUUCACCAAGUUCCUCCAGCUGCUGCAGUCCACGCAGGAGGCGGACCAGAUCACCAACCAGCUCAAGGGCAAGAAGUCCAACGGCGGGCUCACCGUCUUCGCGCCGCCGGACAACGCCUUCUCCGCGCUCCCCGCCGGCACGCUCAACGCGCUCUCCGACCAGCAGAAGACGUCGCUGGUGCAGUUCCACGUCGUCGCGCAGCUGCUGCCCAUGGCGCAGCUCGACACCGUCAGCAACCCGCUGCGCACGCAGGCCGGCGACACCGGCCGGGGCAAGUACCCACUGAACAUCACGUCGGACGGGGCGCAGCAGGUCAACAUUUCCACCGGGGUGGUCAACGCCACGGUGGACAGCACGCUCUACUCCGGGGACAGGCUGGUCGUGUACCAGGUCAAUAAGGUGCUGCUGCCGUGGGCGCUCUACGGGCCGCCCGUGCCCGCGCCGGCGCCGUCCCCGGCGGACCGCAAGAAGAAGAAGGCCGGGGUGGCGGCGGAGGCGGACGCGCCAGUGGCUGAGACUGCGGCGGGGACGACGGCGUCGGAGGCCGGAGAGGGGAUGCGGGCCGGAGGGGCCCUCGUGGCGGCCGUCGUCGUGGCAGCUAUGUGCUGGGGCAUGUGACAACAAUAAGAAUGCUCGUGAGGAUCGACGGGGUGUGAUUUCUUCUAUUUGGGAUGUAUUCUAAUUCUUUUCUUGUUUUUCCAUUAAUUUCCUUUGUUGAUUCUUAUUUUGUAUGUGGGUGAAUUUUGUAGCGUUUUGUAACGUUUUCUGUUGUAAUUUCAAUUUGUACAUGAUACGAGUGCAUAUGUGUUGUUUCA